AUGAAGCUCGCCAUUGCUCUGCUUUUCCUUUUGUCAGCCGUGUGCAUAAAUACACAUUUAGCAUAUGUCUUGCAUGGUGGCAAUCAUGGUGGCGGAGAUGAUGUUGCAUAUGGUCAUGAUGGUAGCGGAUAUGGUGAGCAUAUAGGCAAUCAUGGUGGCAAUCAUGAGGUUGAUCAUGGUGGCAAUCAUGGUGUAGAUCAUGGUGGCAAUCAUCGUGUUGAUAAUGGCGGCAAUCAUCGUGUUGAUCAUGGUGGCAAUCAUGGUGUUGAUCAUGGUAGCAAUCAUCGUGUUGAUCAUCGUGGCAAUCAAGAUGUUGAUCAUGAUGGCAAUCAUGGUAGUGGAUAUGGCAAUCAUGGUGUAGAUCAUGGUAGCAAUCAUCGUGUUGAUAAUGGCGGCAAUCAUCGUGUUGAUCAUGAAGGCAAUCAUCGUGUUGAUCAUGGUGGCAAUCAUCGUGUUGAUCAUGGUUGUAAUCAUGGUAGCCGAGAUAAUGUUGCGCAUGGUGGAGGAUAUGCUGCGCUUGGUAAAGGAUAUGUUCCAUAUGCUUGGUGA